AUGGCGUCCGCCCACGAGCAGGUGAAAGGUGACGCCGCCGCCGGUGCAGUCACCAGCGUCGCGGACGUGAGCGAGCUCAGGCAGAGGAGCAAAGCCCACAACAAGCCUGGCACGGAUGCCGAGGACAACGAGGCGGGGAGGAGCGCGGCGGGGGGCUGCGAGGUCACGGACUCCAUCGAGCGGGUGUUCGAGUCGGAGACGGUGCCGCCGUGGCGGGAGCAGGUGACGCUGCGGGCCCUGAUGACGAGCCUCUUCCUGGCCGUCCUGUUCAGCGUCAUCGUCAUGAAGCUCAGCCUCACCACGGGCAUCAUCCCCUCGCUCAACGUCUCCGCCGGCCUGCUCGGCUUCUUUCUCCUCCGAGUCUGGACGGCGGGCGUCAAGGACCCGAAGCGGCCGUUCACCCGCCAGGAGAACACCGUCGUCCAGACCUGCGUCGUCGCCGCCUACGGCAUCGCCUUCAGCGGUGGCUUUGGGAGCUACCUGUUUGGCAUGAGCGAGACGAUCGCCAGCCAGGCAGCCGAAGAAAACAAUGCGGACAACGUGAAGGAACCCAGGCUGGCGUGGAUGAUCGGCUUCCUGUUCCUCGUUAGCUUCGUGGGCCUAUUAGCUCUCGUCCCCCUCAGAAAGGUUAUGAUCAUAGAUUACAGGCUCACGUAUCCGAGCGGCACCGCGACCGCUCACCUCAUCAACGGUUUUCACACACCGGAUGGCUCUGAACGCGCCAAGAGCCAAGUGCGAACGCUGAUCAAGUGCUCCGCGGCCAGCUUCCUCUGGGGCUUCUUCCAGUGGUUCUACACGGCCGGGGACGACUGCGGAUUCGGACAUUUCCCUGCACUAGGCCUGGUUGCCUAUCAGAACAGGUUCUACUUCGAUUUCUCGACGACUUACAUCGGCGCAGGAAUGAUCUGCCCGCACAUCGUGAACGUCUCUGUCCUUCUUGGAGGAAUCCUCUCGUGGGGAGUUCUCUGGCCUCUGAUAGCCGAGAAAAGAGGGAGCUGGUUUGAUGCAAAACUUGCAGACACCUCACUUGAAGGAAUGCAAGGCUAUCGGGUGUUCAUCGCCAUCGCCAUCAUUCUCGGAGACGGCCUAUACAAGUUCGCCACGGUGCUCAUUCGCACCGUCGCCUCGAUAGCGGCGUCAACCGAGAAGAAGAAACUCUUCGGUGCGCUCCCCGUGAACAGUGACGACAGCAACGGCGCCAAUCCCGCGACGGCGACGCCACCCUCGUUCGACGACGCUCGCAGGACCGACUUCUUCACCAAGGACCAGAUCCCAAUGCCGGUCGCGAUCGGCGGGUACGUGGCCAUCGCCGCCAUCUCCGUCACCACCGUGCCUCGCCUCAUCUUCCCGCAGCUGGAGUGGUACCACGUCCUGGCGGUGUACCUGAUGGCGCCCGUGCUCGCCUUCUGCAACGCCUACGGGAUGGGCCUCACGGACUGGUCGCUCGCGUCCACGUACGGCAAGCUCGCCAUCUUCACCUUCGGCGCGUGGGCCGGCAAGUCCCACAGCGGCGUCCUGGUGGGGCUCGCCACCUGCGGCAUCAUGAUGAACAUCGUGUCCACCGCCGCGGACCUGAUGCAGGACUUCAAGACCGGGUACAUGACGCUGGCCUCGCCGCGGUCCAUGUUCGUCAGCCAGGUGGUCGGCACCGCCAUGGGCUGCGUCGUCGGGCCCAGCGUCUUCUGGCUCUUCUACCGCGCGUUCGCCGGCGUGGGCACGCACAAGAGCGCGUACCCGGCGCCCUACGCGCUCAUCUACCGCAACAUGGCGAUCCUCGGCGUCGACGGCUUCUCCAAGCUCCCCGGGAACUGCCUCACGCUCUGCUGCGUCUUCUUCGUCGGCGCCAUCGCCGUCAACAUGGCCAAGGACAUGGCUCCGGAGAAGGUGGCCAAGUUCAUACCGCUCCCCAUGGCGAUGGCCAUCCCGUUUUACAUUGGCCCGUACUUCGCCAUCGACAUGUUCCUGGGGAGCGUGAUACUCUUCGCGUGGGAAUGGGUGGACAAGGAUCGGGCAAACGCGUUCGCCUAUGCCGUCGCGUCCGGCUUGAUCUGCGGCGACGGAGUGUGGUCUCUGCCGCAGGCGCUGCUGUCUCUAUUCAACGUGAAGCCGCCCAUAUGCAUGAAGUUCCUAUCGAGGAAUUUGAACGACAAAGUGGAUGAUUUCAUUGGAACUUUGUCGUAG